AUGAGUUUUGCAGAUAGAAUUACGCUAAUAACACAGUUUCAGUUGGAGGAGCAGAAUGAACGUUUGCGGUUGCAAAAUCUGAAGUGCGCUGCUCAGCUACAAGUGCUAAAAUCGUGUGCCGAUCGAGCAAAACAUUGGCAAACUUCUGCUCUCUUCUCCAAUUCUGUGACGGGAGCAAUAUCUUUGACAAUGAUGGACCGAACAUCGGAUGACAGCGGUUUGACAUCUGAUGAUACAGGGGAGAAAAAGGUAGACCAAAUGAUGAUGACGCAAUCAGCUUCUGCUCUCGUUCGUACGCACAGUUCAUCGCAAGGAAGAGAAAAUCAAGGCGCUGAAGCAUCAUCAACUACCGAUUCUUCACCACGUGAAGAGAAAUUGAAACCAGUACCAACUCCACGGAAAACAAAGUCUGCAAAGCCGCCCGAUCCAGUAACCAUUGAAAGGGAUAGUUUGAAUUCGUAUGACGAGGAAAAUGAUUAUGGGGAAGAUGAUGAAUUUUUCGAUGAAAUCGAAUAUUCGGCGUCUCCUGAAAAGGAUGCUGCCGACUAUGUAAAUCUGAACGAACUUUUUCUGUUAGGAUCAAAUACUUACAGUACAAUGAUGCAUCAUCCCCCUGCCUUACCACUGCACAAGCCGCCAAGUCAUUGGGAGACCAAAUUAUAUCAAAUAGCAGAGCGCUGCCUUAGUACAGUGAUAAAUGAAGAUCAGUUGGCUCAAUGCAGUGAUACCUUGAAUAGAAAUAUGAGUGAUAAUACAAGUGACUUGUGCUCCUCUCCUUCACGUGGUUCCGGUGAGAGCUCAAGAUCAUCAAAUCAGCAUAAAAGCCGCAUUGAUUUCACAAGUAUCAAGGAAGGGGAUUAUGCAAUACCACCAGAUGCAAGUCAGGAUAUCAGAGCAACUUUGAUCAAUUCUACUGAGCCUCUAGAAAAAUGUGGUUAUUUGAUACAGAUGACUGAUAGUAGACUCAAGUCGCUGAAAAGGCGUUAUUUUGUGUUCAGGAAUGGCUUUCUUACUUUAUAUAGAACGCAGAAAAAUCAUUUAAAAGGGGAGGAACCACUGAUUAGAAUUGCAGUGUCCGAUAUUCGUUCCGUCACAAAGCUGGUCAACAAAAUGGGUUACGGUUUGCAGAUAACGACUGCAAAUAGUGAAUUCUGUUAUGCAGCUGAAUCAGAUCGUGCUACAAAUGAAUGGAUUGCUCUUCUGACGCGUAGUUUACAUACUGCAACUCUUUCUGAAGUUAGUCAGCGUGCCACGGGGCUUAACGCUGACAUUAAUGGCUACGUCUUAAAGGCGAAAUGUGGUAGUGCGAAACGUUUUUUCGCAUCUGUAGUAGAUAAUAAAUUACUGUUUUUCAAGAGUUCUGAUGAUCGGGUUCCUUGUUCCCAUAUGUAUCUACGAGGUGCACAUAUCUGUGAAAAAAUCAAAACUGCUGCUGAUGAAUCGGGUGGAAGUUCUGAUGAACAAAAUGAAAAUUAUGCGAAAGAGUUCGGUCACACUAUCUCGAUCGAGAUUGCAAACGUCGACCCAGUUUACAUUGUUUUGCGAAGUGCUGAAGAAAAGGAUAAAUGGAUCUAUUUUUUGAAAAAGGCCGCUAAUGAUGCGACAUUCAGUGGAGCUGCUUUCGAGGUACUCAUACAAAGGAUGAUGACGCAAAAUGUAGAUGACGAGAAUUUAUUGUGGAAUGAUGUACUUUUGACAGCGUGUGAAGAAAAGCCGAAGGAAACAUUAACAACAAUAUUAGAUGAAACACUCAGAAAGAAAGCACUAGAACUUGGUCGAGCAUGCUUCAUGUUUACUUCGGUGCUAAUGAGACCAACAGGAGUUCAGUAUCAUAUUGAUCUAGCGCAAAACAUUCUUACUACAGCGAUGUCCAGUGAUUUACUCAAAAAUGAACUUUAUGCUAACUUGAUAAAGCUUACGUCCGGUUCGAUGUCAUAUGGGAUUCAGGCUUGGAAAUUAAUGGCUUUAACGACACCGUUAUUCACACCGCGGCAGUAUUCGCUUUUGUGGUUGCUUCGUCGACAUAUCGAAAGAUGGAGUGGAAAAAGAUGUGAUGAAGGUAAUUUUGCAUUGUAUUGUUUGCAUGCUUUCAAUCGUUGUUUGAAAGCACGUGGACGAACAGAAGGACCGAGUAAACUUGAGGCAAUCUCCAUAUUAACCAGGGAUCCAACUUCAACUAAUAUGCCGCAUAGUAUCCCAGUACUGCUACCAACCAAUGAAUAUCAGGUUAUCGAUUUUGAUGGUUCCACGCUUAUUGGUGAUUGUUUGUCAACUUUAUGUAUGAAGUGUGGUUUACGACCACCGCUUCUGAGUGGUUACGCUUUGUACGUGGAAGAUCCGUUGGAGCGGAAUUCUUAUCUUCUUCUAAAAGGCAAACAGAAAUUGUGUGACUGUAUAUCACGUUGGGAACGUGAACUGAUGGACAAUAAAUGUGGACGAGUCACUGAAGACGUUGCUCGGAUAAAAUUAUCUAUUCGACAGAGACAAUAUUGGAGUCAUCUGGUCUCUUCGGAAACACCGACAGAGCGCAUAUUUUUGGUGCACCGGAUGGCUAGUGAAAUUGUUGCUGGAAGAAUACCGUUGAGCAGCGAAUUAGCGGAGGAACUAACAGCUGUUUAUGCACAACUCAAGUUUGGAGACAUGGGAACAAUAUCCGAUGAACAGUUCCGUGAAAUUAUAACCUCUUACUAUCCCUCAAAGCUUCUCGAUGUUGUCUGUGAAAGACUGUUAAGAUUAAAUCUCGAAAUGAACUGGUCGCAGCUACGUGGUACUUCGACAGCAGAUUGUAUUCGCAUGAUACUAGUUGUUUUGCGGAAGUGGCGCUUUUUCGGAUCAUUUAUUACGGAAGCACGAAUGAGGAUGCGUAACGACGAAAGUUUGUUCAUUGCCCUCAAUGACCAAGGCGUCCAUUUGCUCACUUUUCGUCAGCUUGAUCUCAUAAGAAGUAUUCCUUACCAUCGACUGGUCUCAUUCGGUGGUUAUCGUAAUGACUUUAUGCUCACCAUUGAGAGAGUACUCCCGCCUCAAGCACAUCCUGAAGAAACGGCUCGAGAAAGAUUGACUUUUUCAAUGCCUGCAAGAAAUAUUGACCAGCUCACGUGUCAUUUGGCGGAAUAUAUCCGGUGUCAGAAAUUAAUUUGGAAGCUUUCGAUACGAAGCUCAUAA